GUUGUCGGGGAUAGGGUCGGAGACGCCACACCUGUGAGGAGAACGGAGGCUGAUGGUCGCACUCUGGAUACUCCGGACGUUUUAUGUACAUAACUAAUGAUGCAGUUGGUUAGGAAGAUAUAGACCUUGAAACAACAGACACAAUGUUGAGGACUCUCCUUGUUUUGCUGACAUUCACAGUGUGCCAAGGAAAUGUACAGAUUUGUGCAGUGCAUUAUGACAAGCAAUAUGGAGGUUUGUUUGCUGACUGUACUGGAAGAAAACUUCAACAUGUUCCAGACUACCUUCCGGAAAAUAUAACAGCUCUGGAUAUGAGUGAAAAUGAUCUGAAAAUUCUCACAAAUAACACAUUUUACAAGUUUAGGAAGCUCAUCUACCUUAAUAUCAACAUGAACCCGCUGUCAGAGAUGGAACCAGGGGCAUUCAGGGGCCUGUUUAGUCUCACUAAAUUUCUCCUUGCUCGGAACAAGCUGCGAUCAGACAAAGUGUCUUUCCCCGAGGAAGUCUUCCGUGACCUUCCUGCAGAAAAUAGACGAUAUUUUGGUUUAAUUGAUAUAUCAGGAGGUUCAAGCACCAUCAAAGAAAUCGUAUUUCAAAACACACACAACCUGGUAACUGUUCUCCUGGCUUCUAACUUGAUUCAUGGUUUAAUGCACAUUGGGGGUUUAGAAAAUGUUAGCAAUGUUGAUUUAUCAGGAAACAAGUUUAAUGAUGUGUUUGAUUUUCACUCAUUUGAAAACGCAACACAUUUGACAUUACGAAAUUGCGAGUUACAAUUUGCCCAUAAAUCCUUUAGUGAACAUAGUGUAUUCAGUCCUCUGAAAUCAAUACAAUACUUGGAUGUUUCAAUGAAUGAACUGACUGAUAUAUCACUUCGUCCAAUUUCUAAUACAAUCGUUCAUCUAAAUUUAUCUCACAAUGAGUUUGACACCAUUCCUAUUGAAACCAUUGAAUAUCCACGGCUUAUCCUUAUCGACAUGUCCUUUAACCUGAUUGGACAGUUGGAUAAAGACACAAGAUCAAAACUGGAUUUGUCAUUUGAAAAGAACAACCUCAAACUUAUUUUCAAAGGGAACACCUUUUCUUGUAGCUGUGAAAAUCUGGACUUCAUUCUUUGGUUGGUGGAUACACCUGUCAUUUACGAGACUGACAGGAACUUCCCUUGCAUUCUGGAUAAUGGCACAAUGACAGGAACUGUGGAUGUGGUCCAACAUCAUGAAAGAUUGUUUCGUUACUGUACAGGCAAACUGAUGCUUAGCAUCACAGUGUAUUGUGAGGCUGACAUUCCUUUCGUCUAUCGGAAAGUACGACCAGAGCUGGAACUGUGUAAUCAGCCUGUGCGUCUGUUCCUGAAGGAUCGGGAUGUUCUUCCAGGUGUUCCUAUCGCCGACGGUAUUAUUUGCGGUAUCACUAACAGUUGGAAGUCUGUUCUGGUGAUUUCAGAUGACUUCCUUCAAGAUUGUUCUCAGUGGUCACAAUUUACCAUUGAUGCAGCACUUUAUUCGGUAACGGAUCUGAUUCCUAACCGGAUCAUUGUGCUACUUGUGGGCCCCGUGCAGGUGGAGGACCUGCCUGAGCGUCUGCUGAAUGUUGUAGAGGAGAAGUGCAUAUUGCGUGCAGAGGAUUACCAGGACGACGGAGACCGUAUUCUGUGGAAGGAUAUCAGAUAAACCGCUGGAAAGUUAUUAAUAAGA